CUUCCGCCGCCGGGGCGGGCCGAGCUCGGGGCCGCCGCCGCCGUCAUUGCGGACGGGACGAUGUCUCGCUGCAGCCCCGCCGCCGCCCGCCUGCUCGGCCGCUUCCUCCGCCUUCAACAGAAUGGAGUCCGACACUGCUCCUACACAGCAUCCAGAAAAAACCUGUAUGUUAAUAAAAACACAAAGGUUAUCUGUCAGGGUUUUACAGGCAAACAGGGCACCUUUCACAGCCAGCAGGCAUUGGACUAUGGCACCAAUCUAGUUGGAGGAAUUUCUCCAGGGAAAGGGGGAAAAACUCAUCUAGGUCUGCCUGUGUUUAAUUCUGUGAAGGAGGCCAAAGAACAAACGGGUGCUUCAGCCACUGUCAUCUACGUCCCUCCCCCAUUUGCUGCUGCUGCCAUCAACGAGGCCAUCGAUGCAGAGAUGCCCCUGGUGGUGUGCAUCACUGAGGGCAUCCCCCAGCAGGACAUGGUGCGGGUCAAACACCGGCUGCUGCGGCAGAACAAGACCCGGCUGGUGGGCCCCAACUGCCCGGGAGUCAUCAAUCCUGGAGAAUGUAAAAUUGGUAUCAUGCCUGGUCACAUUCACAAGAAAGGAAGAAUUGGUAUUGUGUCAAGAUCUGGAACCCUGACAUACGAAGCUGUUCAUCAGACAACACAAGUUGGGUUGGGGCAGUCUUUUUGUGUUGGUAUUGGAGGUGAUCCCUUCAAUGGAACUAAUUUUAUUGACUGCCUUGAUGUCUUCCUGAAGGAUCCUCAUACUGAGGGGAUCAUAUUGAUUGGGGAGAUUGGAGGAAAUGCUGAAGAAGAUGCAGCAGCAUUUUUGAAAGAAAAUAAUGCCGGCCCCAAUGCCAAGCCAGUGGUGUCCUUCAUAGCUGGCCUGACAGCUCCUCCUGGCCGGAGGAUGGGCCAUGCUGGAGCCAUCAUUGCUGGGGGAAAGGGGGGAGCCAAGGAGAAGAUUGCAGCCCUCCAGAGUGCAGGGGUUGUGGUCAGCAUGUCCCCUGCUCAGCUGGGCAGCACCAUCUACAAGGAGUUUGAGAAAAGGAAAUUGCUGUAAGAGAAGACACUUUGGAAUACUUUCUCCAAAACACCAGUGCAGCAUCCGGCCUCCGCUUAUCUUUUGUCUGCUAAUCUUCAGUUGCCCCAAUGUCUUGACACUAGUCAAUGAAUUUGACUCAGAAGCCAUAAACCUCCUGGCUAAACCUAUUUUGGUGUCUCCUUGUUUCGGACGUUGUCACCCUGUUGUAAAUCACAGCAAAUUAAUAAAUCUACUACUAAAUCUGA